UUUACCCAACUCACAGUUGACUGUCAGGGUCCUGAGGUUCAUACUGUCAUCUUAUGACCAAGGGUCAUUUUGACUUACGGUGGCCACGAAAAACCUAGAAAGCGUUAGAAUGGUCAUAUAUGUUACUUACGGGUUGCUGUUUGCAUAUUUUGCUUUGCCAGGAUUCUUACUUGGGGAUUUGGCUUUCCGAUGCCCAAGUUGUACCGCGGAGCGCCUAGCUGCUUGUCCCAAAGUCACAACAGCAUGUGCGGAAAUAGUAAGGGAGCCAGGCUGCGGCUGCUGUCCACUGUGCGCCAGGCUUGAGGGGGAGCUUUGCGGGGUCUAUACACCGAGGUGCUCCAGCGGCCUGAGGUGCUACCCAAGCUUGGAAAGUGAAUUACCUUUGCAACAGCUCAUUCAGGGUUUAGGACGAUGUGGACAGAAAGUGGACCUGGAUGUCACAACAAGUCUGGACCACCAGGCAACAAAUGAGGUGCACGGAACUGAGAAUCCACUCACCAGAAGACCCACUGCAGAUGCUUGGUUCUGGCAGGAGUGGGCCAGGAAACAACACGUGCUAAGGGUGGGCACCAAGAUGAAGACGAAUCAACUAGAGGACCCUCGAACCCAGAAAGUUCUGCAGAGUGCCUGUCAGCAGGAGCUGGACCAGGUCUUAGAGGAGAUCUCCAAAAUGACCUCUGAGGACAAUAGAGGCCCGCUGGAGAACCUGUAUGAACUCAAAUUUCCAAACUGCGACAGACAUGGACUGUACAAUCUCAAACAGUGCAACAUGUCCACCCAUGGCCAGCGGGGCGAGUGCUGGUGUGUUAACCCAUUAACCGGGGUCCAGAUUCCAGCAACGCCUAAAGUCAGAGGGGAUCCAAACUGUAACCAGUUUCAGGAGGAGCUCAGAGCGAUGCCCACUGCAGCAGUGUAUCAAUAGCACAAUCCAGCAGAUCCUAUGACAUGGUUGGGUCUUAAAAAUUCUAAAUCUGGGAGGAUUUUUCCAUGAAUAUGGUUAUGCUAUCAACAUGUAAAGAAGUUGCUGUAGUUGAAUGUUUUUGUCUCUUUUUUUUAAUUUGCACCAGGUUUAAGGUUAAAAUAUUGACUGAACUAAGGGAUAAUUUUUACUCUUUGUCAGCACAUCUCAUAAAGACACAAACCAUUCUAAAUGCUUUCCAGGUUCCCUAGCUGAUAUGUGGGGCUGUAACUCUUAAAAAGGGGGCACAAAUAUAUGGGUUCUUUUUAUUCUUUUCAAUGUCCUGAAAAAGCUGGGCAUUGUAGUUUUCAGCAUAUGUUACUCCCCAUUUUAAGUACAUAGUUUAUUUGUUGGGGACUAUUUUUAGCUGUGGAUUAAUACCAUUUGGUCCACUACUAAGUUUUUAUGCAUUUACAACAGCAGGACAGUUUAUGUGGGGUUGACUUAAACUACAGUGCCAGCUCUCAGUUUAAUAAAGAAACAUGCCACCAAAUGCAUCUGCCAGUCUGAUCCUUAUGACUUGUGCCAAAUGCGUCCACAAACAACUGCCUAUUACAACUGACGCAGAGUAAGAUUAGAAUCAUUUUUAGUUGUGUUUUUGACCCCCUGACAAAAGUAAGUCCAAUAUUCACUCUAGUUUUAGCUCUAUUUUGAUCUCCACCAACUCAUGAGGAAACAAAUCUGUUAUUUAGCUGCUAAAUGCUCCACUGUGGUUGCUAACUUUGUCUGCCAUUUGGUGCUGUGUAACCAGCGUAAAGUACAGUGGGUUAAAAUGGUGCAGUGGAUAUGUUCAACCUGUUUCAUUUCCAGGUUGUCAAAUACUGGUGCUUUGUCAAGCCCCCGGCGUCUCAUAGUGAGGCACAGGGCACCCUUUAGCAUAUUAAUGUGACACACAACUAAAACACAUUGAAAAACAUGGUUAUCAUUGUGAAAUGGUCGCAGUUAAGUUUAAGCAACAAAACUACUGGGUUUGCUUUAGAAAAAAGAUUGUGUUUUCAGAUGAGAUAAGUAUGUUUUGUACAUAACAAAACAUGACAUUGUCUUUGGCGUUAUGAUCAUAGCCAAGGGGCAUGAGAAAGUGUUGGUAUUGACAACCUGGUAAUGAGAGCUAGCUGGUAGGUUAUGGUAGGACAGCAGUGACACUGCACCAAAACAGGAAAAUUGCAAUGAGCUAUAAGAGGCUAAAUGCUCUCUAAGGCUGAGGGUAACUGCAGAGUUGGGUGAUAAUUAUCUGUUGGUUUGUCUCUAUAAGCAACCUGUUUCACAUUACACAUUAUCAUUUGAUCUAUUGUUUGCAGAAAAAUGUUAACGUGCAGCUUUGAGGUUUAACCUACUACGGCUUUUAUUUGAAUUCAAAGGACUUAUAUACUAUCUUAGUAACUUGUGAUUUUGUAUUUGUUUUACAGUGACAAUGUGACAUCUGCCCAGUAAUCCAGAAAAGUCCAGGUGACAUGUGAAUAUUAUGUUGACUUUUUCAUGAAAACAUGGAACUUGGUACACUUGUACUGUUUGAGGCCCUGAAAUUUUCAAAUAUGAAGCCACUGUAGAAGUGCCUCAUGGUAGCCAUGGUGCACACUUAGCUGUGCGCCAUAACUGAAUAAUGUUAUUGACAUCAUAUUCCAUGAUCUAAACAUGAUGACACACAAUAAAUGAUUUCUAGUCAAUACAAGUGUACCAAGUUUUAAUCUUUCAUGAAAAAAUGAACAUAUUACCUCAAAUAUAUUACAUAUCACCUGGACUAUGAAAAAUAGCAUUUUGGCUUAAUCUAUAUUUAUCAGCGGUGUGAUUAUUAUCAGAUUAACCCAGAAAUCCAGAUUUUCCAACCUAAAACUGUGACUCGUGCCAGGUUUGAUGUUAUGCCAAUGAACAUGUACUUUAGGCACACAUUCCUUUUGUGUACUUGAGCUGAGGUUAAAGACUUAACAGGUGCUCCUUGAAAUCCUUUCACAUAUCAAAAAUGUGUACGCACAGUCUAGAACUCAUUUUAGUGCCAAUAUGUUGUGUAACCUUGUUUCUAUGAUUAAAUACUUUGCAAGCAGGUAAUUAAAAGUUUUGUCACUGUCA